CGCCCAGGAUGGAACCUCUGGCCUCCCCGACCGCGACGUGGAAGCGUCAGAAGAAGUUCACGCCGACGCGGUCCGUCGUGGCGUCGCCUCAGGCCAUGAAGACGCGCAGUCGCCGGACGUGCCAAGCGCUCCUCUUCAGCCCCGAACCCGAGCCGGCGGCGAAGCGCGUCAAACUGGAUAUCGCCGAGAGCCCCAAGACCGAGGUCGAGGACGACGCCGCCACCGACGACGUCGGCGAGGAGGUACUCACGGGCUUUACGAGCAGCUCCAAGAUUGAAGACGUCGGCCUCUUCAAUUGCGACCAGGACGUCGAGUUUUCCGGUGGGCUCUACGGCGAAGGCACCGACGGCAAGGUGAGCGCGUGCAGCGUCCACGGGCAAAAGGUCGCUUUGAAGCGCGCCAAGCCCCACGACGGCUUUACGAAGGAGCAGGCCAAGCACAAGACGGCCGUCGAGCUGCACUACCUGCGCCGCGUCCGGCACAAGCCUGGCUUCAUCCAGUGCCUCGGUAUGUGCGACGGCAUUGAGCACACGUGCAUCGCGCUCGAGGUCAUGGACUGCAAGCUCAGCGACUACCAGCGCAAGCGCAUGGGCCAUAAGAAGCCGUUUCCGCAAGCGGUCGCGCACCGAUUGCUCAAGCAGAUUGCGCAAGCCAUGAUGAUCCUGCACGAAGAGGUUGACGCGGCCCAUGGCGACCUCGCUUGCCGCAACAUCCUCGUGCGCAUGCCGCCCAAGGGCUUCGAAGACAAGUUCGACCCUGAGAUCAAGCUCAGCGACUUUGGCCGCAUCAAAACCAAAGACGACGAGCCGCCGAUCCUCAAGUCCAACUUUAGCUUUUACAAGAACGCAGACGUCGGUUCCUUUGGCCGGGACGUACUCUACCGUCUCCUCGUUGGCGACGUGCUUCCGGCGACGGCGCUCGAGUCGCGGUCGCUCCACCGCCUCCUCCAGGACAGCGUCGUCAAGGCGCUCCCGGACGGCGCCGCGGCCGCCCUUGGUCCGUACGAGCAUCUCUUUAAAAAGUGCGUCGCGUGGGGCGUGCGCCCGUCCUUCCGCAUGAUCCACGACCACCUCGAGAGCCUCGAGGUCUUUGAAUCGUUUGAGAAUGGCCUCUUCCCGCUCAAGCCCAACCUCUCGCAGACGCCGACGUCGACGACGAAGAAUACCGGAGCGGACCCAUCGCUUGUCUCGCCCAACCUCGACGGCAUCAAGCGUAACCUGGCCUACCAGCUCUCGUCGCAGAGCAAGUCGGUCUCCAAGAAGCAGCUCGACAUGCUGUACCAAUCGCCGCCGGCCAAGACCAAGGAAAACGUGACGCCGGUGGCCGAGAAGGUCAAUUGGCUCAGGCCGCGCUCCGUGGGUCCGACGACCGCGACAACAUCGACGAGUGCGUCCAAGCCCGGCGGGGCGUCGCGCCGGUCGCUCAAGAUUCUGAGCGAGAUCUCCAAGCAGCGCUAUCGCAGCAACAAGCAGCCGUAGACAUUGUCCAUUCGCCUUAUUUAACCAACUGUCCAUACACC